AUGGCGACACCAACUCAAGGACAGCCGUUCCAAGGCAACACCUACGCCGCACAGGCUUCGCAAGCGGGAUCUGUUCCGUCUCAGGGCGGCUACAACGCUGAGCGAGGCGGCCAAGCUGCACAAGGCCAGUAUAUCAAUACCAGCACCCAACCGUUCGACAAGUACUGCGUCAUCCAUAUUGCCACGACCUGCGACGAGCAUGGUGUCUACGUUACCAAGGACAGUGCGGAGGUCAUUGAGAUCGGCUGGGUUGUGGUGAAUGCCAGGGACCCAAGUCUUCCGGAACUCCACCACCAGUCCGUCCUCGUCAAGCCAAUCAACACCCCCAUCACACCGCUUUGUACCUCGCUCACUACUCUUACAUGGGAGCAUGUCCGCAACGCUGGAACGUUCCGGGACGCUAUCAUGGCAUUCGAUACUUACGCCAAGGAGCAUCUCUCACCGAAGGACGGCAAUACCAACGACCCGCCACCGUUCGCUUUCGUGACUCUCACUCCAUGGGACUUGCGCGUGCAGCUCCCACGUGAGGCUCGCGAUAAGAACGUCGUGUUACCGGCGUACCUCCAGCAUCCUGUGCUCUUUGGCUUGCGAGGGGAGUAUCAAACCUUCCAGUCUCACCAUCCGGAGACCCUUGCCUUCAGCUCCAGCAGCUUGUCCUCCAUCUGCGCUGGUCUCGAGGUGGAAGAAGUACGCUCCUCGGGCAAGGUCACGGGUGGUCUACCCUUCCACCUCCAGGCUCUCGCGCCAUCUUCGCCGCGCAGAGCGCUUGAAGAAGCACUCACUCUGACCCGAUGCUUGCGGUCACUUCUCCAGAAGUCCGCACCCUCUCCGACCAACCCUACAGGCACACCACUCGUCCUUACCCGCCCUCUCGACGCUCGAAGUGACGUUCGCGCCUUCCUCGGUGAACGUUCUAAGGUUGUCCAUCUGAGCGGCCUGCCUCAUGACACUACGCAAAGUGAGCUUGAAAGCUGGUUUACGCAGUAUGGCGGACGUCCAAUCGCCUUCUGGACUCUGCGCACUCCUGAGGGAGGCAAGCCAAGCGGAAGCGGAUUCGUCGUUUUUGGAAGCCACGAAGAGCGCGAGAGGCCUUGGUUUCCACGUGAACCUAACUCCACUGGAUGUGGACACAAUAGCGUCGACGAAUCUAAGGCGUUACGCCGCAAAUCACAAAUAAAGAGAGCUUACCAGUUGCUGUUCCGGUUACGGCUACCUGGACCUGGAUCCGGGGUUUCUACCAACCGUCACAGACCCUCAUAUCACGCGAAAGCUGCCAAGAUGUACUACCCGUACCACCGAGCUAACAUUCGUCGUUACCCACAGGCCGCCGAGUCACUCAGCAUGAACGGUCGCGCUUUGAACGACCGCGCAAUCGAAGUGUCGCCCUCAAGCUCACGCGUCCUGGACCGUGCGGCAGCCUCUCAGCCACCAGGCGGCCCACCGCUGCUCACCCCAUUCCCGCCAUCCAAGAACCGUCCUCGCCCAGGUGACUGGACGUGCCCAAGCUGUGGCUUCUCAAACUUCCAACGUCGCACUGCCUGCUUCCGCUGCAGCUUCCCGGCGAUGGGCGUCGCCAACGAUCCGUACGCCAAUCCAUACGGUAUGCCGGCCGGAAACUACGGCGGUAAUAACUACGGUCACCCUGGCAUGAUGGGCGGUGGUCACAUGCACGGCAGCGGGUAUGGUGGCAUGGGUGGUAUGGGCGGAUCAGGAGGUCGUGGUGGCAUUGUCCCCUUCCGUGCCGGCGAUUGGAAGUGCGGCAACGAGGGCUGCGGGUACCACAACUUCGCCAAGAACGUGUCGUGCCUGCGUUGCGGUGCUUCCCGCAAUCAGGCUGCUGUGGUUGCGGAGGGCAACAUGACUAACUUCCCAGGAGGUGGCGCUUACGGUGGUCCGCCGGCUCCUCAAGCUAUGGCAAUGGGUUCCAUGGGUGGUGCCGGGUACGGUGCGAUGGCUCCGGCUGGCGCGGGGUAUAGUGGAGAGGGUGGCAAUAUGGCCGGUGGAUACGGCGCUUCCACGUUCGGACCGUCUUCGACUUACGCGCUUCCAAGCGGCAUCGGCGCGCCGUCUCCUUACAUGGCUGGACCAUACGGUGCUAUGGGCGCCAAUGGUGGGAUGCAGACUCCCAGCGGCUUCGACUCUCGGGCGGAGCAGGCGUUCAACCAGGGUAAUGCUUCGUCAGCUGGCGGUGGUCAGGGCGGCUAUCCCGCAAACGGUGCCUACGGUGGUCAGUAUGGCGGAGAUGCCUCGGGCAUGGACUUGUCAUUCCUCAACAGCGGCAUGAACAAUCUGGGCCUUGGUGACCGCGACGGGCGUGAUGGUCGAAAUGGCGCUCAGCCCAACAACAGCAAGUCGCCUCAGUAA